GCUGUCGUAAUUCCAAAAUAUUUGGCAUUUUCCAAAUAGCUGUUGGUCGUUUUGUAAUUGUAUUCGUAUUUUAGGAAUUAUUUACUCAGAAGUUGGCUUUGGAACAUCAUUUGCCUUUCUUCAAUGGAGGAUCGUUGAUCAAGUUUUUCAACAUUUGUGAUGGGCUGAAGUAGCUCUUAACAAAGAUUCUAUAUUAUACUAAUCUCAAGUCCUUGCCUGAUUCUCGUUUUUGUUCAUUUGAACGGAGGGGAUUCACGUCAGAAUCAACUUUGUAAUUGACAAAUUGUUGAAGUUUUGGAGAUAAUGCUUGGAGUGAUGAUGAAUCAAAACAGAAUGAAGGUUCUUCCAGAUAACUGUGCUGCUGAAAUUAUGAUGCUGACAAAGGAAUACCAUGGAAUGAGAGAGAAGUUACCCAAAGCUUGGCACUUAUUUCCAGGACUGGAUGAUCAAGAGUGCAUGAUAUUGAUCUUGCUGUGAGCAGCUUGCCACCUGUUUGGAGCAUAUAAAAAUGAGUUUCUGCUGAAACUUCAUACUGCAGCGUUUAAAUUUUCUAAGCAAAGAAAAAUUUUGGAAGAUGGUUCAGUCAGGUAUAUCCUGACAUCAUCUCCUCAAAUCCAUUAUCUAGUGAAGAUUGUGGAGAUUGUGUGUCAGCAGAGCUUCCUGCAGUUUAUGGAACGGUAGAUAUUUGAAAGCCAAUCCAUUCAUUUUCAGUGAAGUUAACCACCCAGAUGAUUUAACUUACCUUCAAUCAACCAGAUUGGGUGAAAAUACUGUUUGUUCCUCAGUGGCUUUGGUUUCUAUCCAGCCUGAUAAUGUAUACAACUUUUUGUAAAAUGGAAAAGUGGAGCUUUUCUAGGAAAGGAAAUCCUUGAUACUAAUUAUAAAUGAAAGAAGGUUCUUGCU